GCCAGACCAGACAGACGUGUCUGGCAGACAGUCACGUUUGAACCUUCGUCGCGUGUGGUUGUUGGUAGUUGCUUCUGGGGUUUUGUGUCGGAAAAACAAUACACACACUGCACUGAUAGUGUGUGCAACUUUUACCGUUACGGUACGAACGGUUGUGUGUAUUAGUGUUAAUUCAGUCCAACAAGAACCGAUCGAACUUGAGCUUCUGGAAACAGAAAAAUGUCAAAUGUUACGAAACAGUAGUGCUUUUAUCCGAUUAUCCUUUUUAAUGUGUGUACAAUGCUAGUUUAAGAAAGUUGCUUAGCAGCAGCAGAACAACCGAAACUGAUGAUCGAGCAGCACUAACACAGGCUUAUUGUUGCACAUUUGUUGUCUCGCUGGAGAAUGUUGUACCGCACUCGUGAGUGUGUGUACGUGUUGCGAUCUCGUUGAAGUGAGGUGAAAAAGGGAUCAAAUUUCACAGGAUGUUCUACUAAAUGCAAUUGCGUGCGUAGUGUGCUUAAAAAGUGGAUUACUUUGGUGUUUCAAAUUCUAGUGCAAAGCUUAAAACCUAGACAUUACAUUUAACUUGUAAUCAAAGUACGCGCAGGAAGCGCGUGUGCGUGUGAAGGAAUUUUUAUGUUUUGCCGAGUGCGAACACAGAGAGAAUAAUAAAAAAACGGCCAGAAUCCUACAGGUGUGUGUCUGAUUUUCCCGCUGAUCUUUCAUCGAGGUCUGCCGUUUGCCACCACCGCCGCAGCUGUCGUCCCAUCGUCCAUCGGCCGAAGACCGUGAGAAACCAGAAAAAAGUGGUUGAAAUACGAGAAUAGUGUUAUGGGUUAGGGCAACAAAUUCAACAGAAGAAGAAAAAAACACGAAAGCGUCCCGUGUUUUCGGUUGUCUGUCGUGCUCGCUUCAAAGUUUGCCUGAAUUAGAGGAUACUAAAAACGCGGAAAGAAAUUGGACGUUCCUUCGCUGAAUGAAUGCCACUGUAGAUAGCCACCGCCACCCAAACGAACGUUUUGCUGGCACAUUCGGCUGAAGUGAUCGUGGCGCCGAUUUUUUACGGCCAUUGCGGAGCAGCUUCUGGUGCCCACAUUAACAGCGAAAUGGCUCAGAGCAAGCAGAUGAAGCAACGGCGAAGAUGAAUAAUAAUCAACAGUAAAUUGUGUGUGCGUGUAAAUCUUCUUUCAAGUGAGCAUUUUACUGCAACGAAAAUAAAAAAAAAGAGUUGAUUAGUAAUACCCCGAGCUAAGUACACAUUGCUAGCAGAGGAAAAAAAAUAGAAAAAAGUACCAGUGAAGUGUGUUUGAACAACAAAGCGCAAGCAUUGUUGGUUUCGUGCUUAUCUACUACAAAUAUUGGAGGUGCGAAGAGCGUGUGUGUGUGGUUCUGUUCGGUGUGAGGAUUUCUCAAUCCCCUUCGUCGCGCGAUAAGAGUGAUAACAGCAGCGUCGUCGUUGUCCAACUCAUCAGGAGUGGGGUUCAGAAUUUUCGCCAGUUGCGCGUUUGAGGCGUAGUUUUUUUUUUGUGAACGAAAAAAAGAAGAAGAAUAUCAUCCGAUCCGAAUCCGAAUGGAAAAAGUGAUGCAGCAGCAAUAACCAAUCGAAGUAUGGAAGCACACGAACGACUGCUGCAGCGGUUGGGUCGAGAAAUUGCCGGGCAGGAAACAAUGGCAUGCAACCGCGGCGACGUUAGACGGUGCUGUUCCAGAUUGGUCCCCAUUAGCGGGGGUCGAGUGCUAUCAGCUUGGGUGCUGGUGCUGCUACUAGGCGGCGUUUCGCAGCUGUCGACAAUCAAUGCAGAACCGCAAAUGCAGGCCCCCCGCUUCACGACCCAGCCAUCCUCGUCCGGUUCGAUGGUGAACGAAGGUCGGACCAAGAUUCUCCAGUGUCAUGCUCUAGGUUAUCCGCAGCCCAUGUACCGGUGGCUGAAGAACGGUGUCCCGGUGGGGGACUUCGACACUAGUCAGUACCUGAAAAUUCAAAGUACAACACGAGACGAUGCAGGUUCGUACCAAUGUCUGGCGAAAAACGAUGCCGGAACGAUAUUCAGUGAGAAAAUCGACGUCGUGGUGGCUUAUAUGGGCAUCUUCGAGGAUCUGAACGAGCAGGUCGUGUCCGUGCAGUCGGGCUACCCGGCAAUACUGAAUCUAUCGCGAAUAGAAUCCGUGCCGGAACCGUCCGUCACCUGGCAAACGGAAGAGGGUCCCCUGAAUUACGACAUCAAGUACGCAACAACCUCCAACAACCAGCUGAUCAUUCUCAGCGUCGACGAGAACGACAUGAAGUCCUACCGGGCGCGUGCCAUCAACACCCAAAUCGGUAGAGAGGAAAUUAGCGCUUUCAUUCGAGUUAACGUUACUGGUAGUUCGUAUGGGGAAGUGGCACCGGAGAUUAUUGUCGAACCGAAAAGCAUGGAAGUCGUUCGGGGGGAGCAAACCGUCGAGCUGGAGUGCAUUGCAAAUGCCCGACCACUGCACGAGUUAGAAACGAUUUGGUUGAAAGACGGCAUCCCCGUUGAGAACGCUGGAAUCCAGUACACACACACGGACCCGUGGAAUCGAACACUCGCCUUGCUGUACGUGAAUCUAACUCACACCGGACAGUACACCUGCCAGGUGCAGAUGCGAACCGGCGGACACCCUACGGUGCAUUCGGUUGCGACUGUGACCGUCCAGGAACCGCCAUCGUUUUUCACACCCCUACGAACGGAAACGUUGGGUGAUUAUGGUUCGAAAACCGUUCUCCCUUGUGACGUAAUUGGCGAGCCAGUUCCCUACGUCACGUGGUUCCGUAACGCCGAAGGUCUUGAUCUGUCCACCGAUCGUUACACCGUGCUAGACGAUCAUUCGCUGGUGAUUAAGAAACUUAGUAUGGAGGACUCGGCAAUGUUCCAGUGCUUGGCCAGCAACGAAGCCGGCGAGAAGUCGAGCUACACCUGGCUGAAGGUGAAAAAUAACACCAAUCAUCCAUCCGUGCUCGAGCACCUAAUCCAAUACAAUCAGUUCGUUCGUAAUAAACGCCUGGCACAGCCCAGAAUCAUUCGGGUGCGCAAUUCCGCGACAACAACGACAGUAUCCAAUUCAACGGGAAGCGGCACCACUGGAAGCAGCAGCACUCGAAGUCGCAAGAAGGCAGCAACUGUAGCACCACCAGCAUUGACACGUGCUGCCGACGAGUUUAGCUUUGACGUUGGACCCGCCAUCCCAAUAAUGGAACUCGCACCCACGAAUCAAACAGUUUUGGACGGAAAGGACGCAACGAUGCAUUGCCGAGCGGUAGGCGCUCCAACGCCCAACAUUACCUGGAUCUUCAACGAAUCGCAAGGCAUCGAACUGUCGGGUCGCGUCCAGAUUCUUGACACCGGCGAUCUGCUGAUCUCCAAUGUGCGUGAAUCGGACGCCGGACUGUACACCUGCAUCCGUGCCAACGAGGCCGGAAUCGUAACCGGUGAAGCGUACCUUGGAGUUAUGGUGAGGACCCAAAUCGUGCAACCCCCGGCGGACACCACCGUACUGCUCGGCCAUACGGCGGCCCUUCAGUGCAAAGUUUCCUCGGACCCGACCGUACCGUUCAACGUCGACUGGUACCGAGAGCCACAACGACAGCCGAUCAAGAAUAGCCAACGUAUCGCGGUUAAAGCCGACGGAACGUUGGAAAUCGUCGAAGUGCGCCCCUCGGACGUGGGCCAAUACUCGUGCAUCGUGACGUCCCCGGGGGGAAACGAAACGCGCUCGGCUCGGCUGAGCGUGGUCGAGCUCCCGUUCGCACCGACGAACGUCAAGGCGGUUCGUUUGAACACCGCAACCCAUCGGGCGAUCAACGUUUCGUGGACCCCCGGGUUCGAUGGAAAUAGUGCCGUGAUGAAGUUUAUCAUCCAGCGGCGAGAAGUCCCGGAGCUGGAAAUUUCAGGACCUUUGCCGGAUCCGCUGCUGAACUGGGUCACCGAAUUGAGCAACGUUUCCGCUGGAUCCCGAUGGGUACUGUUGGCUAAUUUGAAAGCUGCUACGGCGUACCAGUUUCGAGUGAGUGCCGUCAACAGGGUCGGCGAGGGUUCACCGUCCGACCCGAGCAACGUGAUCAAGCUGCCCCAGGAAGAUGAACUGAGGAGGAGAGUUCCUUCUCCGCCAUCCGGACCGCCGGUGGGAUUCGUUGGAUCGGCACGAUCUUCCUCGGAGAUUAUAACCCAGUGGCAACCGCCACUGGAGGAGCACCGGAACGGGCAAAUACUGGGUUACAUCAUUCGCUAUCGGUUGUUCGGGUAUAACGCCAGUCCGUGGAAUUACCGGAAUAUCACCAACGAGGCCCAGCGGAACUAUUUGAUUCAGGAGUUGAUUACGUGGAAGGAUUACGUCGUUCAGAUUGCUGCCUAUAAUAACAUGGGCGUCGGGGUUUACACCGAUGGGGCAAAGAUCAAAACUAAGGAGGGUGUCCCGGAAGCUCCGCCGACGAACGUUCGUGUGAAACCUGUGAACUCGACGGCUGUUAGGAUAUGGUGGAAACCUCCGAAUCCACAGCAGAUCAACGGCAUAAAUCAGGGCUACAAAAUUCAAGCUUGGAGAUAUGAGAUAAUCGACGGGGAGGAACAUGAAACGGAAGCUAGGAUGAUCACUGUUCCUCCGAGUUUGCUGGAUCCGCUGGCCGAACAAGAUACGAUAAUGGCUGGGUUGGAUAAGUUUUCUACUUAUAACGUGACGGUUCUAUGCUUCACGGACCCCGGUGAUGGUGAGCGGAGCUUCCCGAUCGAGGUACGUACUAAAGAGGACGUCCCCGAUGAGGUCAGUUCGCUGCAUUUUGACGACGUUUCCGAUCGAGAGGUGAAAGUGAUGUGGACUCCUCCUAAGCAGAUCAACGGCAUCCUAACGGGGUAUCAGGUGAGAUACCAUAUUAAGGACAAACCUUCCACGGUUAAAGUGUUCAAUAUCAGCGCAAACACAACCAGCCUCAAGGUGGUCAACUUGAUGGCCACUACGCACUACUGGUUCGAAGUGACCGCCUGGACGGCGAUGGGUGCGGGACUUCCUAGAGCAGCCACCAUUCAGUCCGGGGUAGAACCAGUCCUGCCACAUCCUCCCUUUCAGUUGGCACUCUCCAACAUUGAAGCCUUCUCAGUAGUCAUCCAAUUCACGCCGGGCUUCGAUGGAAACUCCUCCAUCACCAAGUGGACCGUCGAAGGUCAAACCGCCCGCAAUCUGACGUGGUUCACCGUGUACGAAGUACACGACCCGGAUGCUUCCACUCUGACCGUAACCGGUCUGACCCCAUUCACGCCGUACCGGCUGCGGAUCAUUGCCUGGAACGUUGUCGGACCCUCGGAACCCUCCGAACCAACCAAAGACUUCCAAACCAUCCAGGCACGCCCGAUGCAUCCGCCGCUGAACGUUACCGUUCGUGCGAUGAGUGCCACCGAACUGCGCGUUCGAUGGAUUCCCCUCCAGCAGACCGAGUGGUUUGGAAACCCUCGCGGGUACAACAUCACCUACCGAAAUGUAAACGAAAAAGCCUACCUCAUGGCAUACAGUGUAAUCAUCGAAGAUCCCACCGCUAAUUCGCACGUGCUGGAUAACCUAGAGGAAUGGUCUGUGUACGAGAUAUUUAUGAGUUCGGUCAACGAGGUUGGUCAGUCGAACGAAAGCCCGCAUGCUUUUGAGCGAACGCGCGAAGCGGUUCCCUCGUUUGGUCCACUCGCAGUUGAAGCAAACGCAACUUCCUCUACCACGGUCGUCGUCAAAUGGGGUGAGGUCCCGAAGGAGCACCGCAACGGACAGAUCGAAGGCUACAAGGUAUUCUACGGAUCGGCAGGACGAACGCAGAUUCUGCACAAAACCAUUCCGAACAAUUCCACAUAUACGACUACGCUUACGGAGUUGAAGAAGUUCGUCCAGUAUGACGUUCAGGUGCUGGCCUAUACCCGACUGGGGGACGGAAUGUUGAGUACACCUCCGGUGAGGGUGCAAACGUUCGAAGAUACACCGGGGGCUCCGUCGAAUGUGUCCUUUCCCGAUGUUUCCUUCAGCAUGGCACGGAUUAUUUGGGAUGUCCCGGAGGAACCGAAUGGGGAGAUUUUGGCCUAUAAGGUGACCUAUCUGUUGAAUGGUUCUGGAAGUUUGAACUUUAGUCGGGAGUUUCCUCCCUCGGAUAGAACCUUCCGGGCGACGCAAUUGUUAGCGGAAAGGUACUACCUAUUCAGCGUUACUGCUCAGACUCGCCUCGGUUGGGGUAAGACAGCAGCGGUUCUGGUUUACACGACGAACAACCGGGAAAUACCACAGGCGCCUUCGUCACCUCAAAUUUCACGCUCGCAGGUGCAAGCACAGCAGAUUACGUUCAGCUGGACGCCGGGACGGGAUGGUUUUGCUCCAUUACGAUACUACACGGUUCAGUUGCGUGAAAAUGAAGGUCCGUGGAGUUUAAUAACAGAGCGCGUAGAUCCAGCGGUGACCUCCUACACGGCUGCUGGGCUAAAACCUUACACCCUGUAUCAGUUCCGUAUUCAGGCGACAAACGAUAUCGGGCCUUCGGCCUUUAGCAGAGAGAGUAUAGAGGUACGAACGCUACCAGCAGCCCCGUCGGAGGGAAUCUCCGGUCUCAAGGUGGUUCCGAUAACGACAACCAGCGUUCGAGUUCAGUGGAACUCUUUGCGAAAAAGCUUGUGGAAUGGGGACGCCAGCACCGGAGGUUAUCGCAUUCUCUACCAACCGAUAUCGGACUUUUCUUCGACGUUGCAAAGCAUCCCCAAGCUAGAUGUGAUGGGUGUGGAACAAGAAUCGGCCAUCCUCAAAGAGUUGACGCAAGAUCGCAACUAUGAAAUCAUCGUUCAACCGUUUAAUUCACAAGGUUCUGGUCCUCCAACACCGCCGGUGGCGGUUUAUGUCGGUGAAGCAGUACCAACGGGGGAACCUCGUGGUAUCGAAGGAGCUCCGGUGUCCUCCACCGAGGUUCGUCUACGCUGGAAGGCACCCCAGCAGAGCAUGCAAAACGGCGAACUUCUCGGCUACAAAAUCUUCUACCUUGUAACCGAUUCCCCUCAAGAACUGGAAGAAGGUCGCCGCCACGAGGAGGAAAUCGAAGUUGUCCCGGCUUCGUACACCUCGCAUAGUCUCGUGUUUCUCGAUAAGUACACCGAGUACCGGAUACAGAUUCUGGCAUUCAAUCCGGCUGGCGAUGGACCGCGCUCGACACCGAUCACCGUGAAAACCCUGCAGGGACUGCCAGGCCCUCCGAGCAGUUUGUCCUUCUCGGAUAUCACCAUGAACAGCCUGAAGGUCGGCUGGGAUCCCCCGAAGAAACGAAACGGGGAAAUUUUGGGUUACAUCGUGACCUACGAAACCACCGAGGAUAAUGAGAAAUUCAGCAAGCAAGUCAAGCAGAAGGUAUCCGGCACCAGUUUACUCAUCCAGAACUUGGAGGAGGAAGUCACCUAUACCUUUACGGUGCGAGCGCAGACCAUUGAUUACGGACCGGCGCUGAGCGGUAAUGUGACGACGGGGCCCCAGGAAGGUUCCCCCGUGUCACCGCGCGAUUUGCUGCUGUCGAAGUCGCAAGCCAGCGUCGACAUGGCCUGGUCGAAUGGCCCCUCCGGGAAGGGUCCCAUUCUGGGUUACUAUAUUGAAACCAAGAAACGAGAUAUGGAACACUAUUACAAUUACGACUCCCGGUGGGAGACGGUAGCCCGCACCACCAACGGUCCCAUCCAGGAAUUCACCGUGAGCUUCCAGAGCUUGCUUCCCUCGACGGCGUACAAGUUUCGGGUGAUAGCGUACAACCGGUACGGCAUCAGCUGUCCCGUGUACUCGGACGACGCAAUUCUAACGCCCUCGAAGCUGUACCUCGAGUACGGCUACCUGCAGCAGAAACCGUUCUACCGCCAAACUUGGUUCAUGGUUGCCCUGGCGGCGACGUCGAUCAUCAUCAUCAUCAUGGUUAUCGCAGUGCUGUGCGUGAAGAGCAAAAGCUACAAGUACAAACAAGAAGCCCAAAAAACACUGGAGGAAUCGAUGGCCAUGUCGAUCGACGAGCGGCAAGAGCUGGCGCUGGAGCUGUACCGAUCGCGGCAUGGUGUUACGAGUGCUAACGGCACCCUCAACGGAACCGGUACGCUGGGUCGGCGAACUGGUACGAUUUUGGGUGCACGAAAACCACAAACUUCGGCUGCUGCGGCGGCUUCGUUAGGAAAGUCACCACCCCGACCUUCGCCGGCCUCGGUGGCGUACCACAGCGACGAGGAGAGUCUGAAAUGCUACGAUGAAAAUCCGGACGAUAGUAGCGUAACGGAAAAGCCCUCUGAAGUGAGCUCCAGCGAUUCUCAGGCCUCGGAGAGCGAAAACGAGAGCGUCCGGUCGGAUCCGCACUCGUUCGUGAACCACUACGCCAACGUGAACGAUUCGCUGCGGCAAUCCUGGAAGCGGCAGAAACCGGUCCGCAACUACUCCAGCUACACCGACUCGGAGCCGGAAGGUUCGGCCGUGAUGAGCCUCAACGGGGGCCAGAUCAUCGUUAACAAUAUGGCCCGGUCACGGGCCCCGUUGCCCGGCUUCAGCUCGUUCGUAUGACCUUCGUCCUGCGAGGGCAUGCUGGACGAGCUGGACGCGAAGCUGAAGGCCCGAACGAUCGCCGGCAACGGGUGUGCCGUGGCCGUCGUUGGUUCCGUCGUCGGCAGCGUUGGUGUUAGUGCCAGUAAGAGCGAGAACUAUCUACACUCCUGAUGCCAGCCGUCGGAGCGCGACCUGCUCCACGCCAGAGGUAGCUGUAGGAGACUUGUUUGUGAUACAAAAGUUUUACACCUGAAAAUUUAGUAUGGAUGAGCGUGCGAAGGGUUAAAAGUUUAAGAGUUAGCGAACCAGUUUGUUUUUAAUUCGUGAAAGGGAAAGGUGAAACAAAACAUUCACCUCCAGUAGCCAUUUCGAGUUUGCAUACGAUCGGCCCGCGAUGAUAGAGACGAAAAGCAUAAUCAAAAAUGUGACUGAUUUUUAUUCUUUACUGUAGAAUAUUCAAAUUUAGUUUAGACACAAUCUAGCUACUACUUUUUCGUAAUACUACUUAGAGGACGAUCUUUUCAGCGAUAAAGAAAAUAGGUUUAAAACAAAAAAGUACCAUAGAACUGAUACUAAACAAAUAUAUGCUGUUGUGUACAAUACCGAGAGAUAGGAAAGUUGCAGGAAAGCCAUACUUUGCAGACAAAAUGUAACAUUUUAAUACUUGAUUGGAUUUAGAUGAUUAGGUGGUGCAAUAAUCAAAUAAAAAAAAGAGUACACUGUAAAUUCGACCGAUCUCAGAACGGAAACAACCGCGCAGAAGAAGGCACAAAUGAUUAUAAGCGUUUUAGAUUUGCAACUUGUUGCGGUACUUAUUUUACAAUCCGGAUUCACUGCCACACAGGUCCUACCAGUAUUCUCUCGUACCGUGCCGCGCUGAGCCACGUCCAUGGCCACGGAGCAUUGAUCGUAAUAAGUUUGAAAUUUAGUGCAUCCGACGAAUGAUCCCUGUCCUGGAUGAGGGGGACCGCAAUAACUGCGAGAGUGCUAAUAUUUUAUUUCGCGUUUUUUUUAAAUUUCGGAUACGUUACUUCCGACCGAUACCUUUUCCCAGUUGCCUUACCAUGUUUAGACGAGCGAAAAAAUGUGCAUUUUAGUUUCAAAACUUUACUACUGUAAAUAGCAAAGGAACAAUCGCAACCGACGGAGGGAGUACGGUGUUGACGUGAGAGCGUUUUAUCAGCCUGUUUUAAGGGAGCUUUCCACGAAUGUUGUCUAGUUACGAUCACUACUUAUUUUUACAGUGAACAAGAUCAAAUGUAAAUGUAAAUGUUUUCCUGUGUAUAAAAUUUAUACAGCAGAGUAGUAAUUUAUGAUGUAAGACUUCUACUAUUUUUUAUCUAUUAUAAUAGUUAGCGUAAAUAAUAAACAUAACCGAUCAUAUAGAAGUGAGGAGGCGACACAAAUCGAAUGCAGCUAAUAUUAUAUAGCACAAUAGACGAAAAGAUUGAUACACAAACACAGAAGCCACAUUCUUACACACACAAGAGCGCGCGUUUGAACCUGUGAAUAUCGUAAACAAUCGAAUAACAAAAACAAUCGUUUUUGAGCCCCCCCAACAAACAGCUUGUAAUGCAAAAAUAAACCUUAGAGCAGCACGCAACUCCUCCCCCCUCACAGAGUUCCGUUAGAGUACUGGAAACAGUAACAACCGCCAGAUGGCAGAACUAUAUACAAAACAAACAAAAAAGAAGUAGUCGUGAAUGUGACUGAUAAAAUGUGCAACUCUGUCGAUUACAAUGCAAACACACAUACACACACACUUACACCUACAUAUGUACAUCUACUGUAUCGAAUCAAAACGUGAAAAACAAAAUGUCAAAUGUA